AUUCGCGAAUCGUGAAUUCGUGAGACGUUUCGUAUUCUUCGUUCGUUAAUUUUGCGCAAUUUUUUCUCGAGCAACAGUUUUUUGUCUGUUUACAAAACAUCGACGCUUUUAAUUCAAAGUGCACGACGAAUAAGUGACAAACGCCGAAUCUCAGAAGAUAUUUCUAAUAGUCUGACGAAAGUUCCGAAAAGUGGUUCGAAGUGUAACCAAAUCUUUGUACGAAAGAUUGUGUUUUUUUUCAGAGAUACGAACCUUGAUCGGUUAGGUUUUAACUGAAUAUGACCGAGGAAAACCAGUUGCCUUCCGAUUCUGACGAAGACGACGAAGAUUAUGUUCCUGAUGGUGCAGAUAGCGAUCCUGUGUCCGAAGUAGAAUCCGAAGGUGAUGCAGAAAGUGGGCCUGAAGAUGAAAACGAUGAAAAUAAGAGAGAAACCACGAAGAAGAGUGGAAGGAAGAGAAACAGGGUUACAAAUUCUAAAUCUAAGAAGAACAAAAGAUCCGAACAAAAUGAUGAAAGCGGUGUAAAUGAGGUAGAACUGGAAGAGUCUAAAGAGAAAAAGAAUCUUACGGAAGAGGAACAAAAGAAAAAAGCUGAUUCUCUGUGGGCAGAUUUCAUGAAAGAUACAGCGAUUGUAUCUAAACCAAAGCCACAAAAUUCAACGAAUAAAUCGAAAGAAAAGACAUCGCCUUUAGAAAAGCCAAAAAUAGAAGAGAAAGUAAAAAUAACUAAAAUAUUUGAAUUCGCCGGCGAGGAAGUGAAGGUUGAGAAGGAAGUGUCGGUAGACUCUGCGGAAGCUAGAUUGUCACAUUCAGAGAAAACAGAAAAUUCUACUUCCUCUACGGGGAAAGGGUCUGGAAAAGGAAGAGGUUUCAAAAGAGCUGGUUUAGGAGGUAUUUCUUCUGUUCUUGGUCAAAUAGGGAAAAAGGCAAAAAUUAGUACAUUGGAAAAAUCCAAAUUGGAUUGGGAUAGCUAUAAGAAGGAAGAAAAUUUAGAGGAAGAGAUUACUACUCAUAAUAAAGGCAAGGAUGGGUAUUUAGAACGUCAAGACUUUCUGCAGAGGGCAGAUUUACGGCAAUUUGAAAUUGAAAAACAAUUACGUAAUGCUAACAGACGCAGUACACGGUGAAUUUAUAUAUUAACGUUUACACGUAUCUCUUCCUUAAUAGUGAAAGAUGACAUUAAAAGAAAUACCCUGUUAGACUUGCCAGUUCCUGGCGCUUGCAGCAUGUAUUUAAUUCCUCACAACUCAUUGAUAUUUCAUAAAUUUUAUAAAAAUGUGGUUGCCUCGGUUGGCUUGUCGAUCGGCUGUUGGGAGCCAACUCUGUGAGAAGAGACUGAUCAUUCCAAUGUAUUGAGAAUAAUACAGUAUGUUAUGUAAUAGUUUUACCAUCUGCGAGCUUCGCCUCGUUCCAUUAUAUCGCAGAACUUCGCAUCGAAGCAGGAUGUUUGAAGCUUGAUGCUUCGGAAACAAUAUAUUCUAAUAAUACAAACUCCAGAAACGUUUCUAUUACGUUUCAGUGAAGAAAGGAUAAAUAGUGGAUGUAUUUAAUAAGAGUCCGUUUGAAUGAUGAAUGAAUACAUAUGAGUAUGCGUCUUAGAAACAAUCAUGAGAAUAAUUUCAUUUACGAUCACUGCCUUGGGCGCAUCCUGCGAAACAUGUUAUUGUACAUACAAACGAGAAACACGAAACAAAGGCACAGACUGUUCUUACAAAUG